AACUAUGCUAACUUCACUUUUAAGAACUGACCAGAAGACUAUGUUGAAAGACAAACUAAGUUCUGCUAAAACUAUCACAGAGAAAGGCUAAUGACUGGAGGAAUAUUUUGAAGACUAUUACUACGGGAAAAAAUGAAAUCAGUCCUGAUAUUUCUCCUUAUAAUUUCUUUAGUAAUUUCAACUAGAAUAGAUGAAGACCAUGGUACUUCCUUUGAACCAGUAAUUCCUGAGCCAAAGUCCAGGUUUGCCAUGUUACAGGAUGUGCAAUUACUAGCCAAUGGGCUACUCCACCUCGGGCGUGGUCUUAAAGAUUUUGCUAUCAAGACCAAGGGCCAAAUGGAUGGCAUCUUCCAGAAGCUUAAUAUUUUUGAUCGGUCGUUCUCUGAGAUCUCACAACAAACCAACGAAAUUAAGGAGGAAGAGGAACAACUAAGAAAAACAACAGCCAGACUACAAACUAACAAUGAAGAGAUAAGGAAUGCAUCUCUGGAGCUUAACUCCAAAAUGCAAAUUCUUUCACAGGAAAAGAUUCAACUUCAAGACAAAGUAGAGAGGCUUGAAGAAAAAUUAACAGAGUUGUUUCAGACACUGCUUGAAAUUCAGGAACCUGAAGAAAUUUCAUCACUCAAAAAUGUGGUGGAGCAGCAGGACAACCACCUCCAAAAUCUCCUCAAAAUAGUUCAAAACCAACAUGCUCAGCUUGCCAAACAGCAAGAACAAAUACAGGACUUGAAAGAGAAGAGUAUUAACCCUACUUUUCAAGAUGGCGCACAGCUACUACUCUCUGCAAAGGAAGAUGAAACAAGAAAUAUUAAACUUAAUGCAACAUCUGAAAUUCAAUAUUAUGAAGGCAAUGCUACUGAUUGCUCUGGGAUUUACAACAGAGGAGAAAGAUCUAAUGGCAUUUAUUCUAUUAAUCCCAGAGGAUCCAAAGCAUUUAACGUCUACUGUGAGAUGAAAACAGAAAGUUCAUGGACAGUCAUUCAAAACAGAUCAAAUGGAUCACAAGAUUUCAAUCAAACUUGGGAUGACUAUAUAAAUGGAUUUGGCAACCUUGAUGGAGAAUUUUGGCUUGGCCUACAUAAGAUGUAUUCCAUUGUAGGCCAUGCAGACUACAUCCUACGUAUGGAGCUAGAAGACUGGAGAGCUAACAAACGAUAUAUUGAGUACACAUUAACGAUGGGAGGACCAGAGACAGAUUACGCUGUUCUUCUAUUCAGAAUUGCUGGGAAUAUCCCCUAUGCUCUGCCUGAACAAAAAGAGCUGAAGUUCUUGACAGAAGACCAUGGCAAUAACACAGAGAGAAACAUCAGCUGUCCAGAAAGCGAAUCAGGUGGUUGGUGGUACAGUGGAUGUGAAGAAACUAACCUGAAUGGAAAAUAUAUCUGGCCAAACUCAAAAGGCAGACUAGAAAAGAGGAAGAGGGGAUUGUACUGGAAGCCUCAAAAAGGAAGGCCAUACCUUCUCAAGUCAACCAAACUGAUGAUCCAUCCUACAGAUUUUGAAAAUUUUGACUAAAUAUCUUCAUUCAGAAUUGAUCUGAAAACCAUAAACUACUUCAACUGGAGCUGAACAUAGGCUCUUUUUGGUGCUCUAAAAACUAGACUGGAAAUUUCAUUGUACUUUUAUAUAUUUCUUUACGUUGUUGUCCUGUAUUCCUUUAUAUGGUUCUCUCCCUUUCCCUGAACUGAAAUAUGUCUUGAUACAGAGAUGAAAAGAGAAAUGCCAUGACUUAAAAGAAGUAGAACAAGAAAAAAUCUUCUCACACACACCAGGGGUAGCAAGAAGAUAUGAGCUACAGGACACAGUAAUAGUUCAUCAUUCCGCCACCGUCUGAAUUAUGUCAUGCUAUCCCUUGCUACUAGUGUGCUUUUUCUCCCAAAACACAACCUACACAACCAUAGUUACACCAACACAGCACAUAUACAAGAUUUUGGCCUAUGAAUGAAGGUUGUACUUAGGCUCACCAGCAGCUAUGAGCCACCAUAACAAAUUCCAGUGGGGUAGGCAUGCUAAUGUAUUGAAGAAAAGAGAAUAGAAUCUUGUACCAUCUUAAAGAAUAUUAUGGCAAAUUUAUUAUCUUUUUGUUAAUCUUUAGGGUACCAUGGGACUCUUCAUUGUUUUUUUUAUAACUAGGAUAGCUCAAUCCUACAAGCACCUUAUAAUUUAACAUUAAUUCAAUUUAUAACAUCCUGUGGCAAAUUAAAAUAGGAACUAUGUACUAUGCAAUGUGUACUUGUUUUUGCCUUUUUAAAAAAAACCUGCUGUGUCACCUUGUAAAGUUCACUUAUUCUCAUUAAAGAGAGAUUUAAGUCA